GAACGCCACCGCGCCGGAGAGAUCCAGCCCCCGCCGAUCCAUGGCUCCCGCGGCGGCGCAGCUCCUCUUCCUCACCCUCGCCGUCGCCUCCUCCCUCGCCGUGGGCGCGGAGGCCCUCCGGUCGCUGGGCGUCGGCGACGGGGCCACCGCGCAGGGGGACUACGCCGUGGAGCUCGACGCCACCAGCUUCGACGCCUUCCUCACGGCAUCGCGAGAGUCCUUCGCCGUCGUCGAGUUCUUCGCCCACUGGUGUCCAGCUUGCAGAAACUACAAGCCUCAUUAUGAGAAGGUUGCAAAACUUUUCAACGGUCCAGAUGCUGCACAUCCUGGGAGAGUACUGAUGGCUAGGAUUGAUUGUGCAUCAAAGGUGAACAUAGAUCUUUGCAAUAGAUUUUCUGUUGACCAUUAUCCUUUCCUACUUUGGGGUCCCCCACCAAAAUUUGCUAACACUAAGUGGGACCGGAAGCAAGAGAAAAGCGAAAUAAAAUUGAUUGAUGAUGGAAGAACAGCAGAGCGUUUACUUAAGUGGAUAAAUAAGCAAAUGGAAAGCUCUUUUACUUUGGAUGACAAAAAGUAUGAGAACGAAAAUAUGCUUCAAAACAAUGCUUCAUAUCCUAAACAGGUUGUUCAAGCAAUUUACGAUGUUGCGGAAGCAACAGCUCAUGUAUUACAGAAAAUUUUGGAGCACAAGGUUCUACUUAAAUGAUCAAAAUUCACGAUUAAAAGUGGCAGAGCUAGCCCAUGUGUGGAACGAGCUAGUUCAAUGUUCUAUGUUGGAAGAGUGAAGGGAGAUGGUUUAUGGGGGCUCGUUUGUCCACAAAAUACUGUUGAUUAUUGGUACUGCUUAGUACACAUGAUUAGUGUACCACAAUUUAUGGGAAAUAUUAUACUCAGUUGAAUGUUGAUCCAAAAUGAGUCAAAGAGAGUGGUAUGUGGUUUUUCUGGAA